CCCCCACGUCCUUAUUGGCAGCCCUGCGGAGCGGCGCCUGCCCCUUUUCUUCCGCGGCCGGCCCGGGGCGAGGGCCGGGCCGGGCCCGCCAUGAACUUCUCGGAGCCGUGCCGGCUGACGGGGCUGCUGGGCAGGAUCUCCCCUGACGGGCGGUGCCUGGCUUCAUGUGUGCAGUACCGGCUCAUCGUUCGGGACGUGAGCACCCUCCAGAUCCUCCAGCUGUACACGUGUCUGGAUCAGAUUCAGUACAUAGAGUGGUCGUCUGACUCCCUUUUCAUCCUGUGUGCCAUGUACAAGCGAGGGAUCGUCCAGGUCUGGUCCUUGGAGCAGCCAGACUGGCACUGUAAGAUAGACGAAGGCUCAGCAGGAUUGGUGGCUUCAUGCUGGAGUCCGGAUGGUCGUCACAUUCUCAAUACAACUGAGUUUCAUCUGCGGAUAACUGUGUGGUCCUUGUGCACCAAGUCUGUGUCUUACAUCAAGUAUCCCAAAGCUUGUCAGCAAGGGAUCGCUUUCACGAAGGAUGGCCGCUAUAUGGCAGUAGCAGAAAGACGUGACUGCAAAGACUUCGUCAGCCUCUUCGUAUGCAGUGACUGGCAGCUACUCAGGCAUUUCGACACUGAAACACAAGAUCUCUUUGGGAUCGAAUGGGCUCCCAAUGGCUGUGUUCUGGCAGUGUGGGAUACGUGUCUUGAGUAUAAAAUAUUGCUGUACUCCCUUGAUGGCAGACUGCUGUCCACAUACCGGGCGUAUGAAUGGUCAUUAGGAAUCAAAUCAAUUGCCUGGAGUCCCAGCAGUCAAUUUUUGGCAAUUGGCAGCUAUGAUGAAAAGGUGCGUAUCUUGAACCACGUAACUUGGAAAAAGAUCGCAGAGUUUGAACAUCCAGCAACAGUUGCUAACACAAAGACUGUUGUGUAUAAAGAAGUGGAGAAACCUCCAUCUGUUGAAACGGAGAGACUUUCUUUCCCACCGACGAGAGUGUUGGCUAGUUCUCUCUUCAGCACACAAAGUAAAUAUGACAUUUCCCAGGUUCCAGUCUCUUUCCAGUAUAUCAAACCAGUUGCUGAUAGAGCUAAUCCCAAAAUGGGGAUUGGGAUGUUGGCAUUCAGUUCAGAUAACUGCUUCCUGGCAACCAAAAACGAUAACAUUCCUAAUGCUGUCUGGAUCUGGGACAUUCAAAAGCUGAAACUAUCUGUAGUCCUAGAGCAGCUGUGUGCCAUCCAGUCCUUCCAGUGGGAUCCACGACAACCUCGACUUGCUGUGUGUACAGGAAAUAGCAAAGUCUACUUAUGGUCCCCAGCUGGAUGUGUGUCAGUGCAGGUUCCAAUGGAAGGUGACUUCCAGAUCGUCUCUCUCUGCUGGCAUCCUAGUGGAGAUUCCAUGGCACUUCUGAGCAAGGAUAACUUUUGUAUGUGUUACUUAGAAAGAGAAGAGGUGAAAUAACUAUCAGCUGAAUUAAAAAUGCUCUCAAAUUUGAGGGGGGGUCAAACCCCAUUGCCCAACCUGGAGGUUUUUGUACUUAUAUUUAUUUGAAGGAGCAUAACCGAACUCCAAUCUGUAAAGUACUGUGUUUAUAUUUGAAUGGUGUUGCAACUAAAGCAUAGAGAAUGAAGUCUGGAUUUUAAGAAAACUAGUUUUGAUGUAGUUGAACUUUCUUUGAAAUUUUAUCAACUAGGGAAUUUUACUUUCUAAAAUUGUAUCUCAGUGUAUAUAAUGUAUAGCUGUUAUUUAAAUUUGAUAAUUUCCAAUAAAUAUUUUGAUAGUUAUAAA